CGUGACGCGCCGCAGCCGGCCAAGAUGGCGGUGUGCGUAGCUGUGAUCGCCAAAGAGAAUUACCCACUGUACAUCCGCAGUGUCCCCACGGAGAGCGAGCUCAAGUUCCACUAUAUGGUACAUACAUCGCUGGACGUGGUGGACGAGAAGGUCUCAAGUAUGGGCAAGACCCUGGUGGAUCAGCGGGAGCUGUACCUGGGCCUGCUCUACCCCACAGAGGACUAUAAGGUGUAUGGCUAUGUCACCAACUCCAAGGUCAAGUUUGUCAUGGUGGUGGAUUCCUCCAACACAGCCCUACGGGACAACGAGAUACGCAGUAUGUUCCGUAAACUACACAACUCCUACACAGACGUGAUGUGCAAUCCUUUCUACAACCCAGGCGACCACAUCCAGUCCAGGGCCUUUGACAGCACAGUGACAGCCAUGAUGAUCCAGGUGUGCUGAGGAACAUCGGGGGACCAGCCAGUUUGUACGCACACUUGUCCUUAUUCUGUUCUGAGUGUUCAUGUGAGUGCCUGGGGCUCUCAUUAAAGUACUCUGUCCUAUGUGUCA